GGAAGGCAUAUGUGACGUCACAUCCCCGCGACAGCCAUUUGUCAAGAGACGAGCAAAUCUACUGGCAGUGGUGGCGGCAGUCAACGCCAAAUUACCCCCGUUCGACAAGCCCUUUUCUGCCAUUAGACGCACCCCCUUCUCGUCACCAACGGAGGCCGUUAAAGCGGGCGACGUAAAGGGACAUCAUCGACAUCUUCCCGGCGGUGUUAGCGUACUGCUUUGACCGGAGCGGCUAAUGCUAGCUAGCCGACACACGGAGCGAUGCUAGUUAGCCGGUGCUGCUAACGUGUCGCCCUGCAGCACACACGGGGGAAGGAGCCACGGAAAGGGGGAGAGUCUCCGGCGUUGGCGCCUGUAAGCUGACGAGGACCCGGCUUUGACGACCACCAGGAAGCUACCGGAGAGGCCCGCUGUUCCCGUGCAUCCUUUUAUCUCCGAGAACGGCAUCACAGCGUUCUGACCCGCCGAUGACCUCUUGGACAAGCGCACUGAAAGGGCUUUGUGCACGGGACGAGGAGUGGACACCGAGUGUGGCAUCGGCAGCGAAGACGAGCGCUUGUGGCUUGAGCAAACACAGGCAGAGAGACCUCAUGUCAAGACCUUCUCCUCCUCAGACAGCUUAGCGAAGGUCCAGGAGGUAGCAAGCUGGCUUUUGGAAAUGAACCAGGAUCUGCUGUCGGGGGGCAGCAGCAGCAGGCGGAGUCGGGGGCCGGGGGGUCCGGCGGUGAGAGGUAACGCCUCCUCCACGGCCCGGGCACCGCAGCAGCAGCAGGCGGCGGCGGCGGAGGAGGCCGACGAGGAUGAGCACAUGAACCGGGUGGUGGAGGAGGCGGAGCAGCUGCGACCGAGGGUGAGGCCCGAGGCGUCGCAGGUGGACGUCGACAGGGGACAAGCGUGGGCGCCCAGCGAGUCGGGGGCCAGCAACGGCCCCGGGGGGGACGAGGAGGGCCCCCCCAACAAGGUGAACAGAGGCGAGAAAGGAGCCAGGUGGCCGUGGAGGGCGGAGCAGAGGCUGCUGGAGGACAACGAAGAGGAGGAGGAGGAGGAAGAGGAGGAGAACAACAACAGUAGCACCCAGCACGAGGAGGAGGAGGAAGAGGAGGAGAGGACAGAAGGGGUGGAGGAGCAGAGGAGGAGGGAGGAGGAGGAUGGAGACGAGGAGGAGAUGGACCAGGACAGCGAUGAUUUUGAACACUCGGCCGAGAGUGGGCGGGAGGAGGAGGAGGAGGAAGAAGACGAAGAGGAGGAGGAGGAAGAAGAGGAAGGAGAGGAAAGGCUGAUGUCUCCGUCCCUCAGGAACAAUGCCUCGGUCCUCACCAACAAUCUGGACUCGGGCUGCACACACCAAAGCUCUUCCAACAAAAAGGUAAGAACAACUUCAUUCAUUUCAAGAAACCACCACUUCUCAUGCACCAGUAAAAAUGCUCGUUUGAGCCUUUGUGGUGUGCUGUGGCGUGUAAAUGUUGCUGCCUCCAGGGGGCAGCAUGGCCUCACCAGUAAAUGGGACAGCAGAUUACUCAUUCCAGAGCUUGUACUUCAUGUUGCUUCACAGCCAUAUCUUGUCGGCUUUGCUCGGAUAUCAUCUACUCCAAGGUCUGCUAAUUUGUCAAAUUGCAUCCGCCCUUGACGCCUGUCAUCUACAAUUAUGCAUUUGUAUAAGCCAAUGGUGUGCCGCUGAGACCUUGAUGUCUACCAAGCACCCCUCUCUUGUUUUCCCACAUGCAGAUCCUAAAAGCUUUGAUAAAUAUUGUUAUAUACCAACUUAAAGAGCACUCUCAGCAGUUAGUCGGGACUACAUUAAGAGAGUCUGAAGAAGUCUUCCUUGCGGGUUGAAAAUGAAGCCGUUAACGCGGUAGGCAGCCUAUCAAGGAGGAGUAGUCUGUCAGAAGUUAUCGCUUGGUAAAUGGAAAUGUCAGCGCGAUAAGAUAUAAUGUUUCUGCCUCUUUUUCUACUUCAUUAAAUUACUCUGUUCUGAAUUUUGAUUUGAUAGAUUUCUAAAAUUGCGAAGCAUCUUCAGUAGCAUCGUUAAAGGGGAAC